UGUAGGGACUAAAGUGAGCUCAAUGGUUGUACUUCAGUCAGUCAUUCCAGCGGCUUUGGAUACAGGAUACUCCCAAAAGACCCUUCUCUCUUCUUCAGACUAGUCUUUUUUUGGUUUAUCUUCAACCUCCACAAAGGUCCUGAAGGUUCUAACUGCUCCUCCACUGAGAUUUUAGCAGUCAAGGCAGACUGCAGUGGGGUUCAGGCUGCGCAGGAGAAUAACGGGAUCAAGCUUGUUUCCAAAAUGCCUCGUUCAUUCCUGGUCAAGAAGUAUUUCACCAACAAGAAACCAAACUACAGCGAGCUGGAGAGCCAGAAUGGCCCGCUCUCUGCCUUCAUACCCGAGCGUUACCCUCUUGCUGAACUCCCCACCAAAGUCGACGGCUCUCUAGCGUCCGCUUACACACCAACUCUUGUGUGGACCACCGCCACCUUGCCCAUUUCCUUCACUCCAGUGUCCCCCACCACACCUCCCUCCCCCAUCCCCGGACCCCUGGACCUCAGCUCUCCAUCCAGCUCUGGAGAAGAGGACGAAGGCCGCACUUCUGACCCCCCCAGCCCAGACCCUGCUGACCGCUUCCACUGUGCUCAGUGUGGGAAAACCUGCAGCAGCCCUGCGGCCCUGUCCCGCCACCAGCUGACCCACUGCAGCGCCGGAGUGGACGCUGGGCUAAACGCGGCCGAAAACACUGCUUCCAGAGCGGCCUUCCGCUGCAAACACUGCCCCAAAGAGUACAACAGCCUGGGGGCCCUGAAGAUGCACAUCCGCUCACACACGCUGCCCUGCGUUUGCACCACCUGCGGAAAGGCCUUCUCCAGACCCUGGCUGCUAAGAGGCCACAUUCGCACACAUACUGGUGAGCGUCCAUUUUCCUGUCCUCACUGCAACCGGGCAUUUGCUGACCGUUCGAACCUUAGAGCGCACCUGCAGACCCACUCCGAGGUGAAGAAGUAUCAGUGUGGCACCUGCUCUCGCACCUUCAGCCGCAUGUCCCUCCUGCACAAACACACGGUCUCCAGCUGCUGCCCGACCGCCUAGCCCACACACGUACAUACGCUUCAAAGCCAUUUACUGCCACCUCUCCACUGGCUGAGUGUGGGUAAUGAUCUCAGCCUAACCUGGUGCAAGGAGGCAAUUUUAGGGGGCCAAGCAACUCAAGAACGAACUGAAGUUUUGUGGGCUUUUUUUUGAAGUUCAGUCUCAAAGUGCCUUACUUUUACCUUCCUAGCAGAGAUAUGAUAUAUUUUGCCUUCUGCUGGUUUUCAGCCUGAACUUGCACUCUCACAAAGAGGCAGUGUGCGUCGUACGGACACUGAAGAAUGUUUUCCUAACCCAGUUCGGUGCCUGCUGGGGUUUUUUCCUCCAGUUGCUCAUUCCCAAGAUGCCCAUUGGUGCCGGCUGGUCCGGCCCUCACACGGGCAGCUGCUGGAGAGUGUGUGGGGGCGGGGGGUCGUCUCUCACCACACUUUGCAGCGAUGUAUUGAGACAGCUGCCUGAGCACCGGGCCUGAGGACAGAUGCCUCAGCCACGGAAGCCUUUUCCACACUUCCAGUCUUGCACCAGCAAAGGCAAUCUGAUACUGGAACUGUCAGUUGGUGUCUAACUAGACUGUAUGUGGAAAGAAAGUAAUGCGUUGAAUUUACUUGAUUCGGAAUGUGCAAAUCAUUUCUACAUGAAUAAAAUAUACUAUGUCAUGGCAUUUACUGCCACAUUUGAUUUAGUCAAAGACAAAGUUAUAUCUAUUUUAUUCACAUGGAAAUGAUGGAGGCGUUUAAAUGCAUGUUCAGAGUAAAGGCCUUUAUACACCGAGCGUGAUUUAUAUGGACACCAUAUAUAUAUAAUUGGUGAUAUCUUGCACACCAGAAAUAGUUUCUUUCAAGCAACAUAUUUUUAUUUUUCUGUUUCAACUUUUGCAGGCAACACAAACUCACUCCACCAAUUGUCUCUGCUGUUGCUGGCAGCCAAAAUGACAGGUUGGUUGUGUCCCAGCACUGAUUAGUCGGCUUUAUCACGGACGGUGUUAGCACCUCGAAAGGCAACUCAAACUGGGCUACGGACACCCAAGUUACAUGUGGUUGUGGCACCUGAAUGAAGGAGCUCUUCGCACUACUUUCACUUUUACGAAAUGAAAAGUAGCACAAACAGUUUCACCAUUUGUCUGUUUUGUAAGCAACACAUUUUUCAUUGGUUGGGUAACAAAAUAGCAAAAUUCCCAAGAAAUCACGUCGUGUACCGUGAUGUGAAAAUCGAAUAUUCCUCAUUUUCAUGACGUUUAUUAGCGUCACGUUUGCUGCAUAGUGGCCCUAACAGCAGAGCCUCACCACUGAUUGUUUUAUUUCUAAAUGUUUGUAUUGUAGACGUAUAUUGCAGGCUGGUGAGUGUCUGAAACCUUUUUUAAAAACAUAAUAAAAAGCAAUUUUGGCUUCAUUUAGUCUGUGCACUAAAGUGCUCCAAAGCAUACCACUGGAAAAAAAUACUAGUGGUUUGCAUUUACUUGACUGAAAUGUAUGAAACAUACUACAUCCUCUGAAUUUUAUCUCUCAUCACAUUUGUUUACAUAUUUUUGGCCUUAAUUGUGUUGAUGUUUGACAUUUCAAUCAAGCAAAUUCAAAGUGUUGUAAAAGAGCAGUAGGGCUGAUUUUUCUUCUCUGAAAAGGACACUACAGCACUGUGCUAUAGGGCUCAAACCAAAGAGUGGCGCCACAACCUUUUCACUUUAAAGAAAAAAAAGAGAAUUUUGCCUUAAAAUGCUGCAAAACGGAGAAAGAUUGUGGACAAUAUCCUGCAAGCCAUAGUGACGUAUGAACCUGAACCUGCCUGUGCAUGAACCACAUGUAUUUAUACAGUGACCUUCUCACAGAAACGCUAUGCAAUCACUUUUGUUUUGUUCUGUUUUUAUUUUUUGGGUCCAUUCUAUAUCUCCAGACUUUUGUACAGUCAACCAAAGUGUUUUUUCA